UUAAUUUUUUUAAUUUUUUUUUUUUUACACACAUACAUAAACUUUAAGACAAGUAUAAAAAGGUAAUGCACCAAAUUGCUUAAAAUAAAAUUUUGCUAAUACUUUCCGUAUAUAUGUUCAUAUAGUUUCAAAGUACAUUUUGGUUUGGACCAUUGUUCAAAACUUUAAAGUACUGGUUAUGCCUUUAUUUUGAGGCUUGAGUCGCUCUUCUUCCGGUUUCAAAAUAAAACUCGACGCAGCGGCGACAACGUGGGUCUGCUGGACUUUGACACUCAGCCACGGAGAGAAACAACUUUUGAGUUUUGCUCUACUAACGGCUCGUACUUCAGGAUUAACACGUCUGUAAUGCUCUGGACAGGGGACAUGACUGACCUGUUGGUCUCUCUGGUGGUGCUGGCGGCCACGGUUCUCCUCUGCGAGGCGACUCGCCGCGCUGCGGGGCGUCUUCACCGCGGAGUUUGUUGGAUUUACCUGCUGGAAGCCGCGUCCACCUUCCAGCUCUGCUGCUGCGCCCAGGAACUCAAACUGCUCGGAGAAUCCAAGCGGCUGGACCUAUCGUACAGUUUGACUCUCACUUAUGGUAUCACUGUUAUUCACUUAUUAACUUUCCGGGAAGCGACGUGUCAUCCCGGAGCGGCUCUGGAGAGCGUCUGUCGCGGGACAGCGAGCGUCAAAGCGGCGGCGCUCCUCAUAGUUCUCCAGCUGGGAGCUGCGGUCGCCGCGCGGUUCUUCGCAGCCUCCGUGUGGUCGCUGGGUCUGUCGGAUAUGCACCUCCAUCACCAAAAAAUCGGGUUCCGGUGCUUCGACCCGCUUGGUGGGACGGUGUUGGAGGCUGCUGGCGUGGAGUUGGCCUGCGCUUUCACGGUGCAGGCUGUGGCCAUGCACAUCCACAAGCUGGAGGAGAAGCUCAAAGUGCCUUUCUUCGCCGCGGUCAUCACCGCUUUGGUUUACGCAGGUGGAAGUAUUUCAGGAGCCAUUUUUAACCCUGCCCUGGCUUUCUCCAUUCAGUUUCCCUGCAGUGGCCACACAUACCUGGAGUACUGCUUUAUCUACUGGUUGGGUCCAGUUUUGGGCAUGGCGAGCUGCAUCCUCCUGUUUGAGAAGAUCAUCCCUUUCCUUUCUGGAAAGAGCAGCAUUGGGAUGGAUGGCUCCACUGCACAGAAAGAGAAGACACAGUAGAUUUUUUUAGGCUUUAUGUUUUAUGAGUCAGUUGGAAAUUAUAAUGUAUAUUUUUUUCUGCCAUUGAUGCAUAAAUCCAAUGGGACAAGAUGGGGCUUGAUUAAGCAUCAAGCAUCACUGUUGAAAGACCCUGUUGCAAGUUAUGCUGCAGAAGAGUUGAAUUAAUAAGCAUAUGCAAAACAGUCAGAAUACACAAAAACAUUGGCUUUUUAGGUCAACUGGAAGAACAACAAAUCUGAAGAUGAACACACAGGAACAUUUACUCUCACCAGUUGAUUUAGGUCACUUAUGAGAAGCAACAAUGUACCAAUAGUUGAAGAAUUGAUUUAUUGACGUACAGACAACUAACAUUAAAUAUGUUUCAGUGAUAGUGAAAGCUCAGUGGUUGGACUGGCUCACAGUGCAAGGCUAGCAGCAUAACUGUUCAACAUAAACCAUUAUGGCUGUUGAAUUGAACUUAUUAAUAUGCCUAUGAUUAAAAAAAAUCUACUUGUU